CUCUAAAAUUACAAAACACGCUGUUGCCGGCUAAACUUCUUUUUUAUAUUACGAAAUCAAUUGUUUUCUUAGUCUAACUUUUAUAACUUACUUCAAAAUGAUCCAGCAGCAGCGUCAACGUAUUGAGUCCGCCGUGACGGAGAUGAUCGACGACAUGGACAAGACACAUUUACGUAAAAUGCAGGCAGAGAUGCACUUGUGUUCCGCCAAAUGUUGUCAGGAUGGAACCUCCAGUGUGGACAGUGUACAGCGAUGUGUGGACCGUUGCUCAGCCCCAAUGACAAGAGCUCAAAACUAUGUGCAACAUGAGCUAGGAGAAUUUCAGGGGCGCCUUCAACGUUGCGUCAUGCAAUGCAAUGAUGAUGUCAAAGUCAAACUACCUCCGAAUCCUAAUGAAGAUCAAAUUGCCAAAUAUACAGAUCAAUUCGAGCGUUGUGCCAUCCAAUGUGUGGACAAGCAUGUAGGACUGAUACCUUCUCUUAUGAAAACUAUGAAAGCCGUUUUAGCCAAGGGACCCGACGGAAUACCACAAAAUUAAGAAAUGAUUUCAUUAAAGUGUUCACUUAUCAUUAUUAAGUUUGUUUAUGUCUCACUAUUAUAAUGUUAAUCUUCA